AUCGAGAACAUUAAACCACUUAAUAAUGAUGUCUUCUUAUUCGUACCAAAAGUUUACGUGCAUUAUUUUGAUGUUUGUGGUUUGUGUGGUCAUGAGUUUGGAAUCCAAUGGCGUAGAAGGAGCACCGCAGGCCCCGGCGAUGUUUGUGUUCGGAGAUUCAUCGGUUGAUGUCGGCAAUACCAACUUCCUCAACUCCCGAGCAAGGGCCAAUUACUAUCCGUACGGUGUGGACUUCUCCAGUGGAGCUUCCGGCAGAUCUACCAAUGGGAAAACUUUUUCAGAUCUUCUUGGAGAGUGGUUGGGCAUGCCGGCUCCUCCUCCGUUCGCCGAUCCCAACACAAGGGGGAAUAGAAUUCUCGGUGGAGUCAACUAUGCUUCCGCCGGCGCCGGCAUCCUUGAUGAAACCGGCCAGCACUAUCAAGACAGGUACACGUUGAGCCAACAAGUGGUGAAUUUUGAGAGCACGUUGAACCAGUUGAGGACGAUGAUGAACCCCGGCGAUCUGAAUACCUACCUAGCCCGAUCAAUUGCGGUGGUGGUGAUUGGGAGCAACGACUACGUCAACAACUACCUUCUGCCUUCUCUCUACACUUCCAGCUUCAACUAUAAUCCCUCCCAAUUCGCCGACCUUCUGCUCAAUCGAUACGCCAGGCAACUCGUGGCAUUGUACAGUGUUGGUCUGAGGAAGUUCUAUCUAGCAGGAAUUGGGCCUUUGGGCUGCACCCCAAACCAGCUAGCCACAGGGCAGGCCCAAUCAGGGAGAUGCGUUGACUCUGUAAACCAGAUGCUUGGGAGCUUCAAUGGCGGUCUGAGAAGUCUGGUGGACAACCUUAACAAUGGUGGCCAUCCCGGUGCCGUUUUUGUCUACGGUAACACCUAUGGAAUUAUGGGCGAUAUGUUAAACAACCGUGCCAGAUAUGGGUUUACAACGUGGGAUAGACCAUGUUGUGCGAUAAUAACGACUUUGGGACAGAUAAAUUGUGCACCAUUCAUGCCUCCAUGCGGCACUAGAACUCAGUACAUAUUUUGGGACGCCCUUCAUUCCACACAAAAUGUGAACGCCGUCCUUGCACAGAGAGCCUAUUCUGGACCACCUUCCGACUCUUACCCCGUCAAUGUUCAACAACUGGCCAAUAUCAACAUUUGAUUAUAUUUAUCCUAUAUUUUCACUACUUGUUUCCGUUUGUGUUUUACAACCUCUUUUAACUUGAUGCAAGAUGAUUUAUAAGUGGUUAUGGAUAUUGAAUUAUGGUGAUAAUUGAUGCUAUUGUAUGUCCUAUAUAUAAUGAAAUAUAUGUGUUAUA